GCUGUUCUGGGGCCAGCCCCAAGCACUUGAGGUCGGCACCUCACGAGCUCGUAACCAGGAGUGGCCAGCUGCAGCGGACACCGUGACGAUCAAGAACAUCCCUUGUCGUUGCCGUGCUCAGGAAAUCUUGUCCGCGGUGAAGUUGUUGGGAUUUGAGGAGAAGGACCUGGUCUACUUGCAUCUUCCUGUGAAGCAGGGACGGUCUGCCUGCAAUCUCGGCUAUUGCUUCCUCAGCUUUCAAAGCCCGGAGCUCGCGAGAGAUUUCUUU